AUAGAGUGUGUGGUGUCGCAACUGUUGUACCCCCUCCACUGGUAUAUAUUCGUUUCCAUCAAGCGAGCGGCAUUGAUUCACGAUCGGAUGUUCUGUAAUAGAAGAUCGUAGAGCAGCACGUGCGAGUAAAAACACAUGACAUAUAUUGAGCUACUUGUAGCGUUCCUGUCAUUAUUUAUUAGAUUUAUAACGAAACUGCUAAAACAUGCCACAGGGAAGAAGAAAAACUCCGUUCAGUGGCAAAGCCAAGAAGCAGCAGAUGCAGGCUAAAAAGCAGCGGCAACAGCAACAAGUCUUACGUGCAAACCAAGACUUGGAUGAUGAAGACUGCUAUAAUACUAUAAGCCACAUUGAGUAUGAGAGGGAAGUACAGAGGAUAAACAAACAACCCAAGGAUAACAAGUCGUCCAGAAAUAGGUACACACUACAAUUUUUCCAAGAGACUAAAGAAGAGCUGCGAAAGCGCAAGGAACAGGCUUUGGAGAGCAUUGUGCCUGUGAGUCUUAUAGAUCAAGAGGUCUCUGAUAAUUACUUUCCACCUGAGAUUGACAUGCCUAAGCGGCCACCGUGGGAUUUUAAUAUGACAAAAGAUCAAUUAGAGAUGAGGGAACAAAAAUACUUUAGGGAAUAUUUAAAUAGCAUGGGAGAAUUAGGUGACCUUAGUUAUUUCGAAUUGAAUUUGGAAACUUGGCGACAACUGUGGAGAGUUUUGGAGAUGUCAGAUAUUCUGCUAGUCAUCGUUGACAUUCGGUAUCCCGUCCUGAUGUUUCCUCCUUAUUUGUACGAUUAUGUGACGAACAAACUGCAGAAAGACAUGAUCCUAGUAUUGAAUAAGGUCGAUCUGGCACCGCCGGCCUUAGUGGUCGCUUGGAAGCAAUACUUUCGCAGUCAGUACCCAAAAUUGCACAUCUUGAUGUUCACGUCGUAUCCCACGUACAAUCUCCGCGGUAACACGAACAAUGACGAGGGUGUAAAAAGAAGACGCCGGAGAGGGAAGUUGAGGAUGGCCGCGGAAGGAGCACAGAAGUUGUUGGAAGCCUGCAAGGAUAUCGUCACGGACAGGGUUGACCUGAGCUCUUGGCACGAAAAGAUUCAGGAAGAAAUGCACACGGAGUACGACUUGGACGACAUAGAUCGCAAAGAUAACGUGACGAUCGAAAAGGAGGACACCACUUAUUUCCAGCACGAGAAGUACAAAAAUGGCGUCCUGACCAUCGGAUGCAUCGGGACGCCGAAUGUUGGAAAGUCGUCGUUAAUGAACGCGCUCAUGGGCAAGAAAGUCGUCAGCGUAUCUCGCACGCCCGGCCACACUAAGCACUUCCAGACUAUUUAUCUCACGAAGACCGUGUGUCUGUGCGAUUGUCCCGGCUUGGUGUUUCCGUCGAUGGUGCCGAAACAGCUGCAGAUCCUGAUGGGUUCGUUCCCAAUCGCUCAAGUCAGAGAACCGUACACUACCGUGAAGUUCAUGGCCGAAAGGAUGAAUCUGCCAAAGCUGUUGAGGAUCCCACAUCCGGAGAACGACGACACGUGGUCCGCUAUGGAUAUUUGCGACGGUUGGGCCAUCAAGAGGAACUUCACAACAGCCCGCGCGGCUAGACUGGAUACUUACAGAGCAGCGAAUUCGCUGUUGCGACUGACACUGGAGGGAAAGAUUUGCCUAUACAUAUACCCGCUGGGUUGGACUGUUAAUAAAGACAAAUGGGAAAGUCAUGCGGACGUUGAGAUAGUGAGAUGGAUUCAAGCUAGGAAUCAAGAGACGGAUGAUUGUGACACAGUAACUAUGUACAUGUCUUCUUCGGAAAACGAAGAAGAGUCCUACAACGACAAACAUAAGAAAGCUGCUGGAAGCGUAACGAAUAAGCAGAUCACUGGAUCGUCCAGCGAGGAAAACGAUAUACCGUCCGUAGCUAAUAAGUUCGCAGCAUUGUCUACGGAUUAAAGGCAAAAGGAAGCAAUUCUAUGUUGAUAAUUUGACUAGUUAAUUAAUAAAUUAAUAAAGUUGCUGACAA